GCUUUAGAAUUCCUGUGGGCGGAGAGGGGAUUCCGGUUCCGGGUGUUUUCAUAUCCUACUCGGAGGUUUAUAUCUCUCUGAUUAUGGUCUUUUACCAGAAAGUUAUUUUGAUUCACGACUGAUUUAACUACAAUUUUUUUCCUUAAGGAAGUCAGACUAAAGCCGUGAGUAUGGCAACCCGCUCGGAGAGAGAGAGGGCUCAAAAACUCAAUGAGCAGCACCAGGCCAUCCUGUCCAAAAUGCUGAGAGAGGAAGACAACAAGUACUGCGCCGACUGCGAGGCAAAAGGUCCUAGAUGGGCAUCCUGGAAUCUGGGAGUAUUUAUCUGCAUCCGGUGUGCUGGCAUCCACAGGAAUCUUGGAGUACACAUAUCCAGGGUCAAAUCCGUCAACCUGGACCAAUGGACCUCAGAACAAAUCCAGAGUAUACAGGAUAUGGGUAACACCAAAGCCAGGCGGCUUUAUGAGGCCAACCUUCCAGAAGGUUUUAGAAGACCUCAAACAGACCAAGCUGUGGAAUUCUUCAUCAGGGAUAAAUAUGAGAAGAAGAAAUACUACAGCAAGAAUGUGACCAACGGGAGCAGUCCAAAAGAUGGUAAGAAAGAGAGGGAGCCGGACAGAGGGAGCAAGGUGUCAUCCUACACCAAGAGUGAAGAGUCCAGGCCAGUUCCCAAAAUCAGCCCCGCUAAGACUUCAGAACCCUCUGUGAACCUACUAGGCCUCGACGUACCGGCAGCUACAUCAACUAACAAUGGUAGAACGAGCACAAGCCAGAACAACAAUGACCUGGAUAUAUUCGGCCCUAUGGUAUCCAACCCUCUCCCCGCCUCAUCAUCCGCAGCUCAGUUUUCUCAGGUGAGCUCCAGUAACGCAGCCAGCACUCCGACACAAGCUCCAGUAGUAGGAACCCCAGUGGGAGGAGCCAGCUCGGGGUCAGGGCAGGGAGACCUGGACUUGUUCAGCGACAGCAGUAGCAGCACUAAAACUGAAGACAUUGCCAAGAAGCCCCUGUCCAAGGACUCAAUCCUCUCCCUGUAUGGAACCAACAGCAUGUCCCAACAGGCCCCUGCUGCUGGCAUGUUCAUGGGCCCCUCCCAGAUGCCAUUUCCUGUUCAGGCCACUGGUGGCUAUCAGGCCUUCCCUGGCAUGGGCGCGGCCAUGCCGCCUACAACCGUCAUGGGUGCAAUGAUGGCUCAGAGUGGGGCAGCCAUGAUGGGGCCCAGUCAGGGCAUGAUGGUUGGCAUGACGAUGCCCAAUGGAUUCAUGGGAAAUGCGCCAGCCACUGGUGUGAUGGGCAUGGCACCGAGGAUGAUGGGACCACAGGGUGGUGCAUUGCCUGCGGGCAUGGUGCCUGCUCAGGGCAUGUACGCCAUCCAGCCUGGGCAGCAGGCUCAGUGGAACAUGGGUCAGGUGAAUCAGCAGAUGUCAGGGUUAACUCUGAACGGUGCAGGUGGCCAGAUGGCCUUCGGUCAGCCUCCAGCUGUGGGUGGAUGGGCCGCCACUGGAUCUGGCCAGACUCUCAGCACACAGCUAUGGAAGUGAGCCUUUGAGAUGGUCGGGCAGAGUGGGAGUCGAGGUUGCAAGAAAGUGCAAAAUAUAUCUUGUGCUUCUCUGCAUUUCACUAUGAACUGAUGCCCAAUUCCGUCGCGGACCAGCCUUCAGAACAUGAAAUUGUAUAUCCAUUUUUUUUUUCUCCCUUUCUCUGUCUCUCUUUCUCUCUAUUGUGUGAGUGAAUUGGGAGUCAUACAGGAUUACAGCCUGGCAGUUUCUGCCUGUCGUAUGGUUUUUGAUCAUAACUUUUAUUUUCCUUUUUUGGAAAAAUACAAGGAAAUAACAGUCCCAACAAAAAUGAUAUCGACAUAUCAGAAAAGCUGCAGGACCAGUUACACAAGCUUUUUAUUGUUUCACUGUAUCAUUAUAAUAAUAUAGAACAUUUAAAUGAAUAGUAUUUAACGGGAGAAGACAGGACUUUCCAGUCCGUCAGUACUGCUCCCAAAUGUACAGCGCUGUAUAACCUUUUAAAGUACUUGUGGUUCCCCUAUAAAAUAAAGUGAUAAUAAAUGACUUGCUUUGA